UGCGCCUAAUCAUACUUUUUCCGUUUGCUUUGAGUGGUGGCUUUGGAUAACUAACUGCUCCUUCUGAACUCUUCUAACAAUCUGUUCUCUAUACUGUAGGUUAGCAGUGAGUGCUUCUCAUUUCGCACCGUUGUUUAUUCUUUUAUGCAUGUGGACUGUCUGCCUGAAAAGAUUAUUAAGCCUUUAAGGGCUUUGUGUGCCUCAGGCAUCUGGCACGGCAUGCUGCCUGGGACUGGCAGGCUGCGAGUGUUUUUUGUUGAUGUAGGUUCUGGUAUUUUUUUUGUUAAUUCGUCACUAACUGAGUAUCUGUUCUAGGCUAGACACUCUUUCGAGUGCCCUGAAAUCAGUUAUGAAAGACAAGGUCCUUGCUCGCAGGCAGCUCCUGGUAUUAUGAGAGAGAGGAAGAGAGGGACAGAAAUCAGGCCCGCCGAGUGGUGUGGUGCCCGCUGUGCGGCAGCCAGGCCAGGUGACUGGGAACAGGACAGGCCUUUCCUUCCCCAGGAGCUCCUUUUACAAGCGUGUGGCCCUUUGCUCUGCCAUCUCUCCUAAAGACUGAACUAUGCCUUGGACUGUUUUUCUUUCCCAGUAUCCGAAGGACAGGGGGAUAUGGUACCCAUUUCAGGAUACCAUAGAAGAGGUGACUUUCUUCCCAUUUGCCUCUGGUGUUCAUUCUCCCAGGGUUUUGUGGUUCACUUUUCAGCUAUCUAGUCAUUACCCUUGAAUUCUUAAAACCGCUUACCUCACUGCCCGUCUGAGGUGAUUUGGAAAUGCUGACUUAACUUUUAAGUGGUGUAGAUACAUAUUUAUUGAAAACCUAUUCAUUCGUUAAGAGGCAUCCAAAUAUUUCCUUUCCUGUGAAGUCUUCUCCAGUUCUCCCUGGCAGAAUGAAUUAUUCCUUUCUUUUUACUUUUAUUAUUGUUAUAUGUAUCCCAACUUUAAUACAAAUUGAUACCAUUUUAUCUUUUAUUAUAGCUGUUCAGAGCAUAAUGCCUUGAGCCUGUAAGCCUACUGAAGGCAAGGACCAUAUUGUAUUCAUCUUAGUUUCCCUCCUGUACUUCUACCUUAGUUAUUAUAAAUAGUAGGCAAUGAAUAAAUGUUUGUUGAUUUAAUGAAUUGGGACUUCGUGAUAUGAUCCAUGUUUAGUUGCGUAUUUUCUAGUAUUUACUUCUAAAACAUGGUUAAUAUCUACAUAGAUUUUGUUUGCUUAACUUAGGUUGUAUGAAUGUUUGCUUGGCAAAUGUUUUCCAGAUAUGUAUGCAAAGGUUUCUGGGUAGAGCGGGCUCAGACUUGGAAAGUCAUGUCCUUACUUUACCCUCUGGAUCAGCAGGUUGCACCACAGAUAUCUCAGAAAACAUAAAUUUUGAAGAAGGGAUUCAUAAAAUAUAAUUUACUCUCAAGACCAGUUUCCAUUAAAGCAGGAAGCAAUCUGAGUUUCAUCUCUUGUAGCUGUUAAAUAAAACCUGAAUGAGCAAGAUUUUGGGGGGCCACACUUAUCAGUCGAGUAUCACAACAGAAUAAGCAAACUGCUUCAAUCGAAAUGGAAAGCAAAAUACUAGAAUGGAAUUUUUGCUGGGGCGAUCUUGGUUUUCUCAUUUUCCCCUUUUCUUUGCUCCCAUAUUACUUUGCAUUUUCCCACAAGUCAUCCAUAAUUCAGUCUCGGUUUAGAAGGAUAAAUUCGAUGACUUGGCUGUUAAAUAUCGUGUGCCUUUUCAAAAACAAGAGGAGAGCGCGUGCGAAACAAAACAAAAACCUCGAUGGUAUGAAAAGUUGGGCGCUCUCAGGAGGCUCUGGAAACUUUAACAGCUUCAUUUUUCUGUCGAGGAUUUAGAUUUCCAGCACCAGGAGCUUUGUGGACGGUUUCGUCAGUGAAUCGCCACCACCACCCCGCUGGGACCAGGACAAUUGCUCCUCUUCCCUCCGUCUCACUCCACCACCGAACGUGUCUACCUUCAUGGGGUCAGGGCGGCGCUUCCGAAGUAGGAACGGGGAAGACCGCGGCAGUGGCCGAAGAGCCCCCCGCGGGGCCGCCCUCCGCUGGGGGCCGGCCGGGGGCCUGAGGGGCCGAGCCCCGACCCCCCCGGGGGCCGAGGCCACCGUGUUCCGGCCCCGGCGCACCGAGGGGCGCUCCCGGGAGCUGGCGGCGCCCGCACAGCUAGGGAGGCUCCCCGCCUCCGCGGCCGGCCUCCCGCGCCGAGCCCGCCGCCGCCGCCUCCCCCGGCUCUGCGCGCAGGUCCGAGAAAGGAGAACGUGCGGGUGUGGCGAGCGGAGGCCGAGCGCUGCGCUGCCGCUCCGUGUCGGGCGGGGAACGAGGAGGGCCGCCGGUCCCUGGGGACGCGGGCGCGGCCGUCUGGGCGACGGCCCGGGGAUGCGAGGGCGGGAGGGUGCGCGCGCCCGUGAGCCGGGGGACCGGCGGGCUGCGGCAGGGGCACUUUGGGGGAGUGACUGGGGGCACCAGGGCGCCCUGCCUGAGCGAGGAGGCCAAGGGAGCCCGGCGGAUCCACGACGAGCUGGAGCAGCGGCUCCGCAGGGACCCGCGGGACGCCCGCCGGGCGCUCAAGCUGCUGCUGCCCGAGAACUAUAUCCAGGGCCGUUCAGGAGGCAGAGAGCGUUCUGGCCAGAUCCACAAGGAAUGACGAAGAGGCUGCUACCCCAGGAUGUGUGCUGUGAAGAUGACUACUUACAAGAUCAGCUCGAGCAGGUUGGUGACGUAUGGUUGAAAGAUGAGCAACUACUAUAG